CGAACACAGAGGGGACAGCCCUAAGGUGCUACGCCUGCUAAUCCUAACAGAGAGGCUCAUAGUCUGGGUGGGGCAGUUUGUCAAGGUGUGUCUGCCUGUUGACUCAUUGUCAGCGGAGGGAGAUAUCUGAGGGAAAGUCUUCACACAGAGCACAAGUGUGGGAACAGGCAGUUUCUUUUGAACACCGACGCCAAUACACCGUCCGUCACUCUCUGGCCGGUUUGACCCUCGGCGGUGUCCACCGUAUACCCGCACGGAAUAAUAAAGUCGAGUCUGAAAGUUUCCAAACAUGGCGAAUGUUUUAAUGUUCAACAUCUGCCUGGUGUUGAUGCUGGCCUGUGUGGAGUCGUGUUUUAUCCCGGACUAUCUGUACGUAACCGUGCCACAAACUAUCCAGGCCGGAUACCAAAUCACUAAAGUCGAAGUUGCCGACUGUGACACCAAGUCACUACACUUAACUCUGACGGACCCGAGUUUUAUAAUUAAGAGCAAUGGAGAAAUUGUAGCUUUGACUUCGGUGUCCGUGGCAACAAGCGGGCGGACAUUUUCUGUGAGGGCUCGGGACAGCAGCGGACUGGACAGUGAGAUGGAAGUGCACCUUGUCCGCAGUGCGGUGCAGAAAAGAGAGCACAAAGGUGAAGGCUUCCUGAAGAGGUCCAAGAGACGUUGGAGUCCCCCACCAUUCAACAUAUUGGAAAAUGAUGUGGGACCUUAUCCUAAAGACAUUGAAACGAUCGUAUCAGACUCGGCAUCCAAGUACGAUGUGUACUACACCUUCAGUGGACCUGGUUUCAAUGAGCAUCCAGUGGGAGUGUUCACUCUUAACCGGCAAACCGGGAUGUUAACUGUGCACAAGCCAGUUGAUCGUGAGGAGUUCCCGUCGUUUACUUUGGUCACCAAAGUUUUCGACAAAGCAACAAAUCAGCCCACAGACGACCCAUUACCCAUCACCAUAAUCGUAGAUGACGUGAAUGACAACGCUCCGACAUUCAAAGGCCCAAUUCAGUGUACUGUGCCUGAGAAAAGCAGCGUAGGUACAGUGGUUGGGAUGGUGAACGCUACAGACAGAGACCAAGCGGGGACCUUGCACGUCAAGAUCAGGUAUGCUCUCUUGGAUGGACUGGAUCUGUUUUCCAUCGACUCAGCGACCGGUGUCAUCAGCACAGUCACUGACACCCUGGACAGAGAGAAAAAAGACAAGUAUCUGGUGACAGUACAAAUCAAAGAUAUGAACGGUGCAGUAAAUGGUCUGUCCAACACGGGGACAGCAACCAUUAGUCUGGCUGAUAUCAACGACAACCCGCCAACUUUUACAAAGACGUCUUAUGAAGUCAACGUCAAUGAAAAUGAAAAUGAAAAACUUAUCCUCAGAAUUCCCGUCGAAGAUAAGGAUUUAAUAAACACGCCAAACUGGAUUUCUAAGUUCGUCAUCACUGAAGGAAAUGAAAAUGGAAAUUUCAGGAUUGAUACGGACCCCAAAACAAACGAGGGGCUUCUGUAUGUCUCAAAGGCCUUAAAUUAUGAGCAGACCAAAAACUUGAAGCUUAAGAUCAUGGCGCUUAAUGAAGCCGAACUGGUUGGCACCACGGCCCAGUGGCUCUCCAUCCCUGUGGAUGUCACCGUCACCAACAUUGAUGAGGGUCCAGAGUUCACAGCUCCUUCCAUCCGCUUGACUGUCAAAGAGAACACGCCGAACGGCACAGUGAUAGGAACUUACACUGCUGUAGAUCCCGAGACCAAAAGCAGCAACGGCAUCAAUUAUUACAAGGCCACAGACCCAGCCUCCUGGAUCAAUGUCGACAAAAAUACCGGAGAGCUGAGGGUUGCAAACACAAUCGACAGAGAGUCACAGUUCGUCCAGGAUGGAAUUUACAACAUCACUGUGAAAGCUGUUGAUGCUAGCUCCAAGACAGGCACAGGAACGGUCAUCAUUGUGGUGGAGGAUGUCAACGAUAACGUGCCAGUAAUCCCUGGGGAGAUGGUCAUGUGUGAGAAGGAAGGGGAGCUCGGCUCUGUGCUGGUGGUGGCUGAAGACAAGGACGAUUCUCCCUUUUCUUCCCCCUUCAGCUUUAGUUUGCCAGAUGACCAUGAUGGCAAAUGGUCUGUGACAAGAUUUAAUGACACAGCAGCUACGUUGAAGCAGCUCAAAGAGCUUCCUACAGGGAUACACGAUGUUCCCGUCGAAGUUACAGAUCUGCAGGGCUUUGGUAAAAAACAGACGGUGAAAGUCAGGAUCUGCCAGUGCAGGAAUGGAGCCUGCUUGGCCAAGGAAAGCUCUGUGUCAUUGGGGGCACUGGCUUUACUGGCUAUGCUGUUGCCUCUGGCCCUCCUCCUACUGCUCUGCAUACUGCUUGCCCUUUUCUGUGUGACAAAGAACGAGAAGAUGGAAAUUGAGGAUCUCGGAGACAGUGGUGGAAUCUUGCUCAAAUCAAACACUGAGGCCCCAGGGGAAGAAGUGGAUUCAAGUCUCAUCACGAUUCCCACCACUGGGAUUGAACAAGGAGUGAAGGGCUCGACCAAAGGUUCCUUUGUGAAUGCAGGAUGGCCAGGGAACAAGAGCUCCAGCACAAUCGGAGUCCACAGCGUACGUGACAAUGAGAUGUAUAAGACUGGCGUUGUCACUACCGAUGCUCAGGAAUACUAUUCUGGCCAGUAUGAUAGCCAGUAUGGAGGGCAGCAAUUCACCGGAAGUCACCUUGUCGGUAGCGGUGUGGACUUUGACAGCAGGUACCUCUCUCAGAACGCCGCUCAUCUUCAGACCUGGCAAACAAAUGGACGCUAUCUACAGCAGAAGCUGAGCUUCAUGGGAACAGAGGACAACAAACGGUACGCGGACGACAUUGUCCACUCCUACGGGUUCGAGGGGGUCGGCUCCACAGCCGGCUCCGUCGGAUGCUGCAGUGACUACGGCGACAACGAGAACCUUGACUUCCUAAACACACUUGGACCAAAGUUCAAAACUCUAGCAGAUGUCUGCAGAAAGUCAUGAACAAUGAAGCCUCAAAAGAAUGGUGUUUACUUUUCACUGUACAGGAUGUUGAGAGGCCCAGGAUCUGAAUGCUUGGUAUGCGCCUGAACAACAAGAAAAAAAAGCAGGUGGUUUCAGAGUGUGGUUUGUGUGCGUUGUUCUCUUUUUGUUUUGUUUUGGUUGUUUUUGCUGCUUCUUUUUGGUUAAAAAAGUCUUUUGCACUGAAAUCUAUUCAAAUGCAUUCAGUUGUACAUACUUUGUGUUGUAUAUUGUGUGUAUGUGGCCUUCAGAGUCUUAGUUUUCAGUCCAUUCACCCAUCAGCUAUAUUUACCCCCUCCUGCUUUUAGAGGGUGGCAGUUUUUGCAGGUUCAUAAUGGGAGGUGUAGUGAUAUAUGCAUUUAAGGGCUGUGGAGGGUUUGUAUCGAUUAGUAACAACUUUGGGUAUUUUGGUUAUUACUGAUAAUCUUUUAUUAUUCCCAGGAAUUGACAGAGUUUUGCAUUUGUGUGGCUGAUAUUAAAAUGUUUAUUUUUUUUUAUACAAAAAUAUAACAAAAACCUAAAUGAAUUAAUGAUAAUAAUACACCUACCUUUUGUAACAUUUGACAUGAAAAUAUUUCACCUUAUGUGCUUUAUCCUUUUCUUUUAACAAUUGCGCUGGCUGUCUACCACCAGCAAUUGCCAAUCACGCAGUAAUUAUCUGUGCAGACGCAUUUUAGUGAGGCUCUUGACUGUUGACCGAGCAGAGUUUAAACCCUGCGUAUUGUUAUGGUUGUUGCAAUGUUUUGGCAGUAAUCCUAAAUGUCAGCACAAGGGCGUGAUUGGGUGGAGUCAGCCGCUGCUUACAACUGCCUGAAUGCAACAAUAACCAGCUGUAAGAAAAGCUGAACCUGCUAAUGAAAGGGAAUCUGAAAUCCCCGUGUGUGCAUGUAUAUGUGCAAGUUUGUUCAAGUUGUAAUUUUGCAUGACCAUUAAAGAAUGUUUCUAUUGGUGCACUUGUACUACUGUGGCAGAUGUUGUUAUGUAUAGGUCUCAGUUUAAUUUAACAAGAACAAGAAUUAUUAAAAAAAAAAGUGCUAUUGAUCAGGCUACUGGACUGUAAUUAAAGUGCUACUGCCUUUGCUUGCAGCUGGAAUCUCAUGUUACCAUGUGCUUUUUAUACAUGCAAACUUACGUAAUAAUAAAAAAAAGGCUCUCUUGUG